UGAGUAGAGUGUUGGAAUCUAUUUUGUAGAUGACAUCGCCAAAGUCAAGGAUCGGUAGGAUAAUCAGUUUUACUAGGGUAAGUUUGGCGGCGUGAAUGAAGGAGGCUUUAUUGCGAAAUACAAAGCCGAUUCUAGAUUUUUGAUUGGAGAUGUUUAAUAUGAGUCUGGAAGGAGAGUUUACGGUCUAGCCAGACACCUAGGUAUUUAUAGUUGUCCACAUAUUCUAGGUCGGAACCGUCCAGGGUGGUGAUGCUAGUCGGGCGGGCGGGUGCGGGCAGCGAACUGUUGAAAACCGUUUGUAAUGUUUUGUAGUCUUAACAUCUGGCACAUAAUAACAGCACAAAUACCAGAAAAUAGUCUAACAUUCGUUUUUUUAAUGUUCAUCCAAGUGUUUCUUGCUUAGAGAUUUCGAGAUCCUCUGACCAAUUUUCCUCACUCAAACUCUCCUGUCGGAUUUAUCUACAGUUAUGCACAUGCGCAAAGGGGAUUUAUUUACAAUUAUAAACCUGGUUCGAGCACUUAAUGCUGAUUGGAUGAACGCCUUGGUAUAUCAGACCAUAUACCAUGGGUAUGACAAAAAAAUACUUUUUAUUGUUCUAAUUACGUUGGUAACCAGUUUAUAAUAGUAAUAAGGCACCCCAGGGUUUGUGGUAUAUGGUCAAUGUACCACGGGCUAACAGCUGUAUCUAGGCACUCCGCUUUGCGUCACGCUUAAGAACAGCCCUUAGCCGUGGUAUACAGUGCAUUCGGAAAGUAUUCAGGCACCUUGACGUUUUCCCCAUUUUGUUACGUUACUGCCUUAUUCUAAAAUUGAUUCAAUUGUGACUCCUUGCGGUGGGCUGGGCGCCUGCAGGCUGGACGUUUUUUCCUCAGUUGAACGGUGUUUCCUCCAACACAUUGGUCCAGAUGGCUUCCGGGUUAAUCGUGCGGGUGUUAAUUAAGAAGCGUGGUUUGGCGGGUCAUGUUUUGGAGUAUGCCUGACUUGACCUUCACCUCUUCCGAGCCCAUUUGGGAGUUGCGGCGACGAGACAAGAUCACAAAAUUGGGGAGAAAAAGUGGGUAAAAAAAUAAAUAAACGGAAACAUCACAUUUACAUAAGUAUUCAGACCCUUUACCCAGUACUUUGUUGAAGCACCUUUGGCAGCGAUUACAGCCUUGAGUCUUCUUGGGUAUGAUGUAUAUCUGUCUAAAAACAUAAUCUUGAAAAAUACCUAAUUUUGAGAGCAAUUUGAUGUCGAUGCAACAUUCAAAGUUCUAUUAUGUGCUUCAUUUAGUCAAAUUUCUCAUAAAAACAUAAUGUCUGUCAGUUUUAUUUUGUUAGGGGUAAUAAGUCUUACUGCCAGUGACGGCUAAGGAGGAAGAAGUGUGGAGAACACAAAAUGGCAAGUAGGGCUCCUCCCUCCCUCGGGGAGACCCACCAUCAGUCAGAGAUGAAGAUUGUGCUAAUUGGGGGAAGACAGAUGUGGGAUAUAGAAGCCAGCGGGAAGAGUUCAAUAGGAAACACCAUCCUGGGCAGAGACAUUUUUGAGACAGGAAGAAGAACUGCCCAAUGUGUGAGCGGACAACGGUAUGUGUAUGGGAGGCAGAUAACUUUGAUUGACACCCCAGGCUGGUGGUGGGGUUAUCCUGUAGAUGAUACUCCCAAAUUGGAUCAAUUGGAAAUCAUGAGAAGUGUAUAUCUAUGUCAUCCUGGACCCCAAGCCUUUCUCUUGGUCAUUCCCGUGGACACUGUUUUUCCCAACAUAUUCAAAAGAUCGUUACAGGAACACCUGGAGCAAUUCAAUUGAUAGAGUCUGGAGACACACUAUUGUGCUGUUUAGUACAAUCACUCCCCCCAAUGACAGAAGUUUACAGAAACACAUAAGCGAUUGGCCGGAUCUUCAAUGGCUCAUUAAGAAGUGUGGGAACAGGUAUCAUGUUUUGAAUGUCAAUAACAGGGGUGAUGACACCCAGGUCACAGAGCUGCUGGAGAAGAUAGAAGAAAUGGUGUCAGGAAACGAUGGCAAUCAUUAUGAGACAAACCAAGCUCUGUCUGAAGAGCUGGAAGAGAAGAGAUUAGCAGUGAUUGAAGUAGCCAAACGGAUGAUGACUAAGGUACAGAGACAAAGGACCAGACUCAGAGCGCUGAUCAAAGGAGAGGCAACUAGCCCAACAUACCUCAGGCUUGUGAUUGUUGGGGCACAAUGGGCUGCCAGGAGCUCAGCAGGAAACACCAUUCUGGGGGAAGGUGUGUUUGAUGUUGCUGAUAAUACAAGAAGAACAGUGCACUGUGUGACAAGACAUGGUGAAGUAGCAGGGAGGCAGCUUACGGUGGUUGACACACCAGGCUGGCACUACAAUAGUUCUCUACAGAACACCUCCAAGAUGGAUAGAUUUGAGAUAGUGCACAGUGUGUUUCAAUGUCCUCCAGGACCCCAUGCGGUCCUUCUGGUGGUUCCCUUUGCAACAGCAUUCAACAAAUCAUAUGAGAGAGCUGUUGAGGAGCACAUGGGUCUCCUCACAGAUGCAGUCUGGAAGCACACGAUUGUGCUCUUCACACGAGGAGACUGGCUGGGAGACACAACUGUUGAGCAGCGCAUUGCGAGUGAAGGGAAGGGUCUUCAGUGGCUCAUUGAGAAAUGUGGUAACAGAUACCAUGUUUUUGACAACAAGAAUCGAAGUGAUGCAACACAGGUAAUCGAGCUGCUGGAGAAAGUAGAGGAGAUGGUGGCAGAAAACAGAGGUUGUCCUUAUGAAAUUGACACAGAUGUUUCAGCAGACUUGGAACAGAAAAAGAGGGCUGGAAAAGAAAGAGCUCAAAAGAUCACAAUGAAGGUGCAGAGACAAAUGACGACACUCAGAGAACUGUUUAAAGGGGAGGAACACAUAUUCUCUGAGGAUGAGUUGAGAAUUGUACUUGUUGGGAGAAGAGAGGCUGGGAAGAGUGUGGCAGGAAACACAAUACUGGUUGGAGAGUUGUUUCCGACAGCUUUGACCAAGGAAUUCAGAAUUCAAAACAGAACUAUGCAGUGUGUAAUGCAACAAAAGAGAGUUGCUGGGAUGAAGCUCAAAGUUGUAGAUACACCAGGCUGGUGGAAGAGAACCCCACAGGAUGCACGAGAUUGGAUUCAAGAUGAAGUGGUGCGCAGUGUGUCUCUCUGUCCACCUGGCCCCCAUGCUUUUCUUCUGGUCAUUCCCAUUUCUGCACCAUUUUCUGAGGGAGACCUCAAAGCAGUAGAGGAGCACCUUGGGCUAUUAACUGAGAAAGUCUGGAGACACACAAUGGUGCUGUUCACCUGGGGAGAUUGGCUAGGAGACAGAGCCAUUGAGGAAUAUAUUGAGAGAGAAGGAGAGGCACUCCAACAACUUGUUGAAAAAUGUGGGAACAGGUAUCAUGUAAUGAACUGCCGUGGCUGGGAUGAUAGCUCUCAGGUCACAACACUGUUGAGGAAGGUAAAGGAGAUGGUUGUACGUAACAAAGGGCACAAUUUCACUAUUGAACAGAAGAGUAGGCAGAAGCCAAUGCUUCACUGGUUAGCAGGAAAGGGCAUGAUGACCGAAGAGGAAUGGAACAGGAGAGAAGAGGAACUCAUAGAGCGGAUGUUGAAGGCAGUGGUGGUAGAACCAGAGGAAUCCAAACUGCCAUUUGUACGGGGGAAGGAAAGCAUUGAUUUCUUCAUCCCCAGCAUGAGCUGUGAGACUCCCUCUGAAGUUGGGAGUUCCUACAUAAAUUAUGGAGCACAUGCCAAGGUGUCUGAAUGGAGAGUGAAGUAUGCUGGGAGAUCUGCUGCAUCCUCUGGGCACGGCACUAUGAGUUCAGCAGUCAGUUACAUGGGCGAAUCUCUGGACCGAUGGGAGAAUCUAGUCAAGGAGAGUCUGGGGGACGGCAAGAUAAGGGCAAGGAUGUUGGAUAGUCCUGCAAAGUCAGAGGCCCACACUUAUGGGGUGAAAACCAAACGUAGGAAUUCACAUUGAGCAUAGCUCAAAAUGACAAUACUAAGAGUAAGAAAGUAAUACCUACUUUUGAGAAAAUACAUAACACAUGUACUGUUCUUGGAACAAGCUCUUGCCUUGGCUUGACACAUCUGGGGCAUAAUAUCAGGACCUCAUCCGAGAAUUGCCAUAAGCAAAUGUUCUUGCAGGAUAUUUCAGCUUUGUCAUGGGAGUUUCUUUAUGUUCUUCUUUUUAGUUGAAGAUGGUGGCAGAUUACUUGUAUCUUUCCAUGUAUUUGUGUACAUAUACCCUGAGUGUACAAAACAUUAGGAACACUUGCUCUUGGUUUCACCAGGUGAAUCCAGGGGAAAGCUUUGAUCCCUUACUGAUAUCACUUGUUUAAUCCACUUAAAUGAGUGUAGAUGAUCAGUAAGAGACAGGUAAAGAAGGAUUUUUAAGCCAUUUGAAGCAUGGAUUGUAUAUGUGUGCCAUUCAGAAUGGGCAAGACAAAAGAUUUAAGUGCCUUUGAAUGGGCAUGGUAGUAGGUGCCAGGCACACCGGUUUAUGUCAAAUACUGCAACACUGCUGGGGUUUUCAUGCUUAAGAGCUUCCCAUGUGUAUCAAGAAUGGUCCACCACCCAAAGAACAUCCAUCCAACUUGACACAACUGUGGGAAGCAUUGGAGUCAACAUGGGCCAGCAUCCCUGUGGAACACUUUCGACACCUUGUAGAGUCCAUGCCACAACGAAUUGAGGCUGUUCUGGGGGCAAAAGAGGGUGCAACUCAAUAUUAGGAAGGUGUUCCUAAUGUUUGGUAUACUCAGAGUACAUUAUCAAGUCAAACCAAUUAACAAAUGAUAUGUUGACCAGAUAUGUAUGUGACUACUAUAUACUACUAUUCUACUAUUAUGACUCUUUCAACAUGCCACUGAAAAGAUUGAGAGCUGCAAUUAAUUGUGUUCCUAAUGCUUUGUACACUCAGUGUAUGUUGACAGAGAUGGGCAGUAUUUCUGUUACAUGUAUUUGAAAUAUGUAUUUCCAUUAACUUUGUGUAUUCCGUCAUUUAUAUUUCACUGGCCUGAACAAGAAUUAGAUUAGUUUUGUAACAAUAAACUUUAGAGAUCUGUAUUUUUGUAUUUUGUGUAAAUGUAAAUGAGCACUUGCAAAGCACACAUGGUAUUAUUUUAAUGAGCUCCGUACCCAAACAAGCAAGAGGCUUGACUCCACCCUAAAAUCUGGCUGUGCAAAAUUACAGCGUUAAUCAGUGUGAAGUGGGGAUAUUUUUGCAUGGAGGUCUAUGAGAGAGUCGAAUUUGGUCAAAAUAAAAUAUAAUUGCUCAUGUGCUAUGUGAGGCUUAUUUGAUCGAAUAUGCGUUUUUUUAUGUGUAGGUUCUAAAAAAUUUACUCAUAAACAGUCAGGUUCACAAUUAUUGGCACCCUUGAUAAAGAUGAGCAAAAAAGACUGUAUGAACUAAAUAAUACAAAUACUGAAGCAAAAACAAAAAAUGAUAUAUAUUAUUUGAAAGUAAUACAAUUGCUCAGAGAAAAAUAUUUUGUAAUAUAGUAAUAAAAAAAUCUAAAAAAGAUUACCCCUGUUUUCAAUGAAACUUUGAGUUAGGUGGUAUCCAGACUAGAAGAAACCACGUUUUGGCUAAAAUGUCCUGGUACUUGGUACAGUUCAUGAUGCUGCUGACCUUAACAUGGGUACCAGGAUCAGUGGAGGCAAAAUAGCCCCAUAACAUAAAAGAUCCAUAUGUUUCAGUUUUUCGACGCCAAACCUACCACUGGUGUGUGUGGCUAAUGAGCUUUAUUUUCAUGUCAUCUGACCAUAGCACCAGUUUCAAACCAAGUGCCAAUGCUGUUUAGCAUUCCAGGCGGUGCUAUGGUCAGAUGAUACGAAAAUAGAGCUCUUUGACCACACACACACUAGUGGUGGGUUUGGCAUCGAAAAAACGUAAGUAAAAUCUUUGUUAAAAUACAAAUUGUUUGGGGCAGAGCUCAUUAGAAUAGUUCUCAGUUUGCACAUUUACAUUUAGGUAAUUUAGCAGACGCUCUUAUUAAGAGCAACUGAGGUUGAUAAACAACCACAUAAAACAGUCAUAACAAGUCAAACGUUUAUGUAACCUUUACUGAGAAUGUAGUUGUAGUUUGGGGGUACUUGCAGUGGUAGUUUUGGUGUUUUAGUUAGAUACAUUACUUGGCAAAAGUAUCUUUGCCCAUCUCUGUAUAUUUAUUGUUGUUUUUUAUGUCCCUUUUGUAUGGUGUUUUGGACCAAAUGACUCACUUUUUGGGGAUAAUAAAGUUAAAGAUAUGCUUUGGAA